UUGUUGCGCCAGUGUUUUGCUCCUGGAGUUUGCUGAGAUUGAGUUAGCUGCUCAAGAGUGAAACGCACGAGGAAGUUGACGGAGGAAGGUCGCUCGUUAGUUUCUGUCAAUAAAAAAGGGGGUAAAUCGGAGAUCGCAAAGCGAGAGAGAAUCAAAAUAAUAGAAACUCGGAGUAAAUAAGAGAGAGAGAGAGAACUAUCCCAAAUCGUGUUUGGAGAGGACAAAACAUCAAACAGUAAGGAAACUUCGAGAAGCAAUACAAAAUGUUCGGAAUCAACUCUCUGGCGAUCUUCUUUCUGAUUUCCCUGGGCGGAAUUUUUUCUGCCAACACGCAAAAGCUUUCUGAAAGGAACCACUUUGAUGAUCUGGAGGGUUCGGGGGUCCCUAGUCUAAAUAAACUUCAUCCUCACUAUGAACAAGAGGAAGGCUCUGGUUUUUCCUCCGGAGAUUACUUUGAUCAAGAUGACGGUCAAGAGCGAAUUGAUGAUGAGGAUGAUGAAAUGGACAACCAGAUUGAUGAGGAUGUAACUUAUGAGGUAGAAGAUCCCAUUAUCAGUAAUGAGGUGCUGCGGAAGAACAAUGCUGCACCAGAGGAAGACAUCGGUAACCGGGUUGCUAUGGCAAGUGCAAACGCUGGUGGCAGUGUGUUUGAAAGCACAGAGAUGCUUGCAGCAAUGAUUGCUGGUGGCACAAUUGGCCUUCUGUUUGCCAUCCUUCUCAUCUUGCUGCUCGUUUAUCGCAUGAGGAAGAAGGACGAAGGCAGCUAUGACCUGAGCAAAAAGCCAAUUUACAAGAAAGCGCCAACCACUGAGUUCUACGCAUAAACCUCCUCAGUGCCUGAGCUUCUAAACCAACAGACUUUGUAUUCCUUCCAAGAGCUUCCACCUUAGCAAGACAAAGACAAAAGUGGAGACAAAUUCAACUAUUUUAAAAUCUAUUUUUUAUAUAUAUAAAACACAUGGUAGUGCGUGCAUUAUGUAUAUAAAAAAAAGUCCACUUUUUUAAAUGCUGGAGAAAUGUUGUGUAACCCAGAUUAAAAGAUUUAAAGCAUUUUCAAAUGCAAGAGCCAAGAUAUAAAAAGCAGCCUAGUCUGUUAUUGCCCACAAUGAAUAUUCUCAGCUAUUUAAGGGGGCAAAGAAAGGUUUCACAUUUCUGAUCUUUGAAAUUGUAACUGUUUUUUUGAAACUGCUGUUCUUUUUGGGUACAUGGGAAAAUCCAUGGGUUCCUCCAGAAAUCCUUGGAUAAACACUAAUUGGCGAUUUCACCAUCAGCCUUUAAGAACCACAGAUUCUUUUCUACAUUUAAAACAAAAAUUCUGUUUUAACCAACAGAUGUUUUGCAUGCUUUCUUCCCUCCCCAACCCCCCCCAUUCCAAUGCGGAGUAGCUUUAUUUUUCUUUUUUUUCCCCCAUCCCAAGCAGGUAAAUUGGUCAUUUAUAAACCAGUUACAAAAAAGACUUAAUCAUUGUUACUUUUCCGUAGUAUUUUAUUAAAAAUACAUAGCUUACAAUUUUGUUCCUAUAAAUAUUACUGUAGAACUGGUUCUAAGUAAAAUCUCAUGCUUUUUUAAAAAGAGAAUAAUUUAUCUAAAAGUAUUUUUAAUUGUCAUCUCUUGUUUCAUUUAUUUCAAUGUGUAAUUUUUUUUAUUUUUGAAAUCUUGUUUAAUUCUAGGGUGUACCUUUCUGCCAUUUGUAUAUUGAACAAUGACAAUAUUUACAGUUGAGUUUCAUACUGGAACAGUCACUAUUGUAGCAACAUGUGCAAUGCAGCAUAAUUUUGGGUUCUGCAUUACAUUACAGCAAAUGUGAAAGGGGUAGAAUAAAAGGUUUCCUGUUUUCUUAAGUUUUUCUUUGUUCAGUUUAACCCAGUUCCUGAAAAUCUUUUUUUUUAACAUCCUGGAGAUGUCCAGGUGCUACAUGCUGGUGAUUUUGACCCUUUAAAUCAUCUUCCAAUAACUUGGAUCUCUGUCUGUAAUGUUGCUAGCAGACUCUGGAGAUACAUACAAGAAAGAUGUAAAAUGUCAAACACUUAGCAGUUCAAAUUCCUAUUGCUGGGUACUCGAAAUUUUAUUUUUGAUUUUUUUUUUCAUUUGUACACUAAUUCUGACAACUUCAGGAUGCAAUUCCAACUGUGUAAACCAUAGCACAGAGACCUCCAGCUUUGCAGUUUUAUUUUAAGUCAUUGCUGUAAAUGAACUUGAGAAUUCACUCCCUUCACAUUUUGAAUGAUCUGAUUUUGUUUUGAAAGAUAUUUUCAAGAAGUACUUCACAUACCAAAGGUUUUUUGUGCUUUGCCAUUAGAAGGGAAGAACAUGAGCUAUAGCCUAAACUAAAACUUUAGCUACAUACGGUCACAUUUUGUUUUUCUUCCAAUGGGAGAGAAAUUAUGGAUAAAUUAUCUUGUAUCUAAAGCAACCAUUUCUAUUGCAUGUGUGCAACUGGUAGAUCCUGUAAUGCAAAAAGGGUUUCAAUAUUGGUGAUUUUUCUUGUUCUCACUGUCUUGUUCAUAGUAAUUUCAUAGAAACACUAAAGUAGUUCCUUCAGAUCUCCUGUGGUAACGAGCUGAGCUGAUGUCCACUUGAAACCAAGAAAUGCCCUGAAGUGUGUUGAUUGGUGCUAGCCCCCUGUUGAGGGAUCAUACUAUUUUGUAUAGCAAUUACUAUAAAAGCCCCUCCUAAAACAAUUUUUUGAUUUAAAACUUUUCUCAACUUUUUAAGAAAGUCAAAGCUGACCCAGUAAGGAGAUAAAGUAUAGGAUAAAUGUGAUGUUUUGUGGCUAAUUUUGAAGGAAGAUAAAUUUGGGCAAGGACAUUUUGAGCUUGCAAAAGAUAAUAAGGUUUCUUAAAGCCUUAACCUGAGUUCUCACUUAACUAAUGCAGUUAAAUGUUUGGCAAAAGAUCUUCCAAUCCAUUCAAAGCCUACAGGAUUUUCCCAUUAUGAGCUGCUGGGAAAUAGUAUGCAGAUUAUGAAUCUGAAUCUUGCCAACAUGUUCCAUCAGUUUCCUAGAUGAACAACAAAGGAGGUGGUCAAAGGCUAUGAUGUCAUUUUCAGGCAAUAUCCUUUUUCUCAAUAAAGCCUCCAUAGAUUUGUUCCUUUGCAAAGACAACCUAUUACAGGCAGCCAGCAUUCUCAACUGUCACAAACCAUCUUGUGUUGGGAAUCGUUUUGAAGGUUCAUUUCAGUUGCUGUACAAUGUGGCCAAACUUAAUGCCAAUCUUUCACUGAUCAGCAGUAAAUGGGAUGGAAAUCUAAGCUUUCUUUUUAAAAUAGCAGUCUGUCUCCUAAACUCAACAAAAAGAAGCCUUCAUAUACUGACUCCAGUAUUUGAAAAGUGCACCCAGGUACAAGGCUCUAGAGAAAAGUAUAAAUAAAGUAUAAUGUUUUUUGGUUUUUCAAUAAAACUAUAUUUUGGUACAUAAAAUUUCUUGGUUUCUUUGGAUUAUUAAUGGUGUAAAUACUAAUAUAAACAUUUUAAUGGUAUCUUUGAUAGAGUGGGAUUAGAUGUUUAAAAGCAAUGGAGUAUAUCAGAACACACUCCAUCCCUUACUCUUGUAUAUUGUGGAGCCAAUUGGUGGUUGUAGACUUGCAUAUCCAUUCUAGGUGCUACUUAUGCAAAUUGAAUCUGUCAGAAAAUCUAACUGGAGCAAGAGGUUCAAGCAAUGGCUCUUUUUCAAUUUGAACCUUAAAGAAAAAUGAAGCUUCAUUCCUCACCUGAGUUUCCAUUUCCCUGCAGAGUACAAAGCCUCUGGGUAAAGAGGGAUCUUCCUGCAUUCUGUAGCAAGUCAUUACCAUUCAUUUGAAGGUGUUUGAGUUGGGAAAUGCUUUGGAACAGAUUUUAUUGCAGCUUUGUUUCCCUGUUGUAUGUUGCUUGUGAGGCCAUGUACAUGAAGAUCCUGCUGUUGCAGGAGAUAAACAAGGAAAUCCCUUUAAGAUUUAAUGAUACCACCACUUUUUUGAUAUUUAUGGGAUUAAUGAGGGGGAGGAGAAGUAGCCACCACGUCUAGCUCAUAACAUUCCAAGUGUGAUCUGUGCUGGAAUUGGUACAGUGUUUGGAAGUUCUAAUCACUGGUGGUUGCAACACAACGUCUAACUUCAGUGUUUGUACUCUCUGAAUACCUCUUUUAUACAUGCAGAAUCCACAUUAGUCUACUUUCUCUAGUGUUCCACUUGGUAACUUCCAUUGCGUUUUGUGUAGCAAAGGGGUCCAUUUUAACCUAACUCGCCUGAAUGAGAGAGCACACCUGUUUCGCAUCUCUCCUUAAUCUUGCUCUCCAUGGGCUCGAACAAUGCUCCAGAUCCUGUUAAUAUUCUCAGGCAAGUUGGUUUAAAAUUACUCCCUGCAAAAUGCUUCAAACUGUCUCCAUACCAGUGGAAAACCUGUAAUUUGUCUUCCUGUUGACUAUUUGUUUGCAGAAAGUAAUUUGCUAUUUUCAGAUCUGUACAUAUUCAUGUUUUAAUUUGUUCUGGAUUUAUUAUGUAUAAAUAAAACAUUAUCUUUACAAAA